GGACGCAGAGCGCUCCAACAUCCUCAAGAAUGAGAAUGAGAGCAAGGCCGUCAGCGCGCAGCUCAUGGCCGCGAGGGAGAAGGGCGACGAGCUGCGCAGAAGACAGGAGUUGCACAACCGGGAGCUCGCCGCCGCCCAGCGAGCCAGGCACCAGGCGGAGGAGGAGGUCCGCGAGCUGGAGUACCAGCUGCAGCUCCAGCGCAACGCCGUCCGGGAGAACGCCAAGCUGAGGCAGCAGCUGCGGUUCCAGGAGAACAUCCACAGGCAGCCGCCUACGAAGGAGGAGGUUGUGCGCCAG